AUGAUCAUCGGGCAACUAUUCCGACUAAAAAGCCCCAGGGAUCCAGCGAACAUCCGUGAAAUUCGCAAGCACCUUCUCCCCGCCCGCCUCGUUUGCCAACGAUGGAACUCUAUUGCGACUGAACACCUGUAUCAAACUCUGGAGCUAGCACACACUGGAACUGUCACCGGCGACGAGAGUGGAUUUGAAGGCUGGAACAAGACUCUCGACCUUGAAGCCGCCAGGAAUGCUGCUCAACGCGUCAUCAUCCAGAGCUGCUCCAAGAAAUCGAGGCAAUUUGGGGACUGGGAAGACUGGAAGAAUGGAGAGUAUGAUGCUUUCACUUCAGCCAUGAAACGAAUCAAGCAGUUGCCGAAUAUCAGAGCUAUCGAGGUACACUUUAGCGAGAAAUGCAAAGGCUGGUGGUCCAAUCUUCAUGACCCAUGGAACGACGUCGAGCCCAGCGAGACCCGACUAGACACACUCAAGGCAGUUUUCGAGGCUAUUCGGGAACGCGCAGGUCAGUCUAAUGCCAAAGCUAGCACAAUUCGGACCAUGACGAUUCGAAACCUCCAAAACAUGCCGCAUCAAGAAUUCGUCAACUCUGGUCUUUUCAAAGACGUCGCCAAGGACAUCGACCACCGCGACACAUCUAUGGAAGAGCGCCUGGAGUUCGAGAGCCAUCUGCAGCGACAGUUCCUUCCUCACUUCGCGGCCAAUCUCACCGCUCUGACCUUGAACUUGCACGAUUGUUGGGGCACCAUGCCGGGAUACUUUGACGGUCAAGGCCUAGAGUUCCCUCGAUUAAGAACCCUGAACCUGGGAAACUUCGUCAUCAGCAACAAUCGUCAUUUUGACUGGGUUCUCUCACAGAAGUCGCUUCAAACUUUGCGUUUGGACAGCUGUCAUAUCGUUUCUCACAUCCAGCUUUACACCGAUGAAACCGAGAAGUGGAAUAUUCACGCGGAAGACUGGCAACGCCUGCCAAAAGGCUCGUACGGCAUCUCUUCUGACGAUGCUGAGCUCUACAGGUUCGAUGGCACGUGGGAGUCUACUUUCGACAAGAUCCGAAACAACCUUCCCUACCUCAAGGAGUUUCGAUUUGAUGGACGUUCCAACGGACUUCGCUUUCUCCGUCCUUCGAGGAUCGGCACCGUGUUGCAUCCGAGUCGGUACAUCAACUUCGACGCAGGAAUCUGUCCUAGUCCAUGGUUGACUUCAAAUAGUGAGACUGGUGAGAUGGAAUUUGGAGAUUACCAGUGUUCUAUGAACCGUUCCGAAGAAACCAGGAGGGCGACACCAGAGCGUUCAAAGAUCUUCUCAGUGCCUGCCAUGAGAGGCAUGAGUAGUGCAAGGUAG